AUGGGCUGGUCUUCGCCGGACAGCUGGCCUACCAGGCUCUUCUCCGGUGAUCCUCUGGCCAUCCUGAUCGCCGUCCUGGUGACCGUAUCAUUCCCACUGCUCCUCCAUCUCUACUUUUACACCCAGACUGCUCGGGCCAAGGUCGUCCCAACGUUUCUGCUUUUGGGUCCCAGCGGCGCCGGCAAAACGUCCCUGUUAUCUCUGCUCCAAAAACGAUCUUCCGACCCAGAAGUAUCCAACCCAUCGGCCACACGCAUCUCGCAAGUCUCUUCGACCGUCAGCUUGCUGCUCCCGGCCUCUGUUUCUUUGGGGUCGAAUAAAUACCGAUCCGACAACGAUGUCUCGCUUAAGGACAAGCAAGCCACGCAGUACAAUGUCAUAGACACGCCUGGACAUGGGAAGUUGAGGAGCGAACAAGCCCUGUCACAUAUCGGCGAAUCUGCACUGCGCGGCGUCAUUUUCGUCGUCGACAGUGGCGUUCUCGACUCGAGCGACUCGGCUGCGUCGCGCGACACCGCUUUGUACUUGCACGAUACGCUGCUGGCUCUGCAGCGACGGGCUACGAGUAAGGCGAAGGCAAGGGGGGCCAUUCCUGUCCUUGUGGCGGCGAACAAGCAGGAUCUAUUCACGGCUCUGCCGGCGGGAGCGGUCAAAGAGCGCCUACAGGCAGAGAUUGAGAGGGCCAGAGUCUCGAAAAGCAGGGGCCUCACGACGGUCGGGCAAGAACCAGACGCUGACGGCGAGGAUGACAUCCUCGGUGGUGGCGGGGAGGACAUUUUCACUUUCAAAUUGAUGGAAGACGAAUACAAUAUCAAGGUGGACGUUCUCGGUGGUGCAGUCAAAGGUGAAGAAGCAGGAAAGGGGGUCAGGAGAUGGGAGGAAUGGAUCGGAGGCUGUCUUUGA